GGGAGAAUGUGGUGGAUGUUCUGUUUCCGGGUUAUGACUCCUGGUCCUGUGCUGUCAGCAUGGCCGCUGCUUGCAGAAGUCGUGGGUUAGCGGUGGUGCUGCGUUCAGUGGGGAUAUGUGCCUGGAGGCCCGAGGUGGCCGUCUAUGGAAAGGUUUCUCGACUAAUACAUACCAGUUAUGCAGCACAGAGGAAAAAUGUUGCAGCCUCAGGUCCCGAAAAGUACACAGAGGCUUUUAUUAAAAAACAGAUUGAAGAGUUCAACAUUGGAAAGAGACAUUUAGCCAACAUGAUGGGAGAGGAUCCAGAGACAUUUACCCAAGAGGAUAUUGAUAAAGCCAUAGCUUACCUUUUUCCAUCUGGAUUAUUUGAGAAGCGAGCCCGGCCAGUUAUGAAGCAUCCUGAUGACAUCUUUCCAAAGCAACUAGCAAUUCAGUGGGGAGAAGACAAGCGCCCAUUCCACUUUCUAUUUUACACUGGCAAACAGGAGUUUUACUCAUUAAUGCACAAUACUCAUGAAAAGUUCCUAAAAGUGCAGGCUUAUGAAGGCGAAGUUGGAAGUAAAGGCCCGAAUGCUGAAAGCACUGGACAAAUAGAAAUGACUGGUCAGAAUUGGAUGAGUAAAGAAGAAUUGGAACAAGCGAUAGUAGAAAAGGUGUCUGACAAAGACUACCAGUAUUUUAUACAAACGAUGGAACGCUUGGUGAGGCUGCCACACAGCAGCAUUGAGGAGGAGUAUGUGCAAAAAUUCUGCAAGAAGCUUGAAAUUCAGAGCAAAAAACAGAUGGUUAAUCCACCACAGUAUGAUGAGCAUGGCAGAGCAUUUAGCACCGCCGAAGGCAGGAGAAAAACAUCACAAGCAACAGUUAUACUUAAGGAUAAUGGAAAGGGUAACAUAAUCAUAAAUGGAGAAGAUUAUUUGGACUAUUUCACAGUGCUGCAAGACAGGGAGCAGCUUAUGUUUCCAUUUCAGUUUGUUGACGGGCUGCGAAAAUAUGAUGCAGAGUGCACGGUUUCUGAAGGGGGAAGAUCAUCACAAGCUGGAGCCAUCCGACUGGCCAUUUCAAGGGCCCUGCUUAGCUUUGUCUCAGAGGGUUAUGUGGAAGCUAUGAGGCAAGCUGGACUUCUCACUAUAGAUCCACGUACACGGGAACGAAAGAAACCUGGCCAGGAGGGUGCUCGAAGAAAGUUUACAUGGAGGAAGCGUUGAUCUGUUAAGGAUGGGAUUGACUGCUGUAUAAUUGAUUUUUCUAAUAGAUGUUUUUUCUAAUAAAAGUGUAAUAUAUACAUAAUGA